CCCAGCAGGCUGCUGCACAGCGCUCCAACCUCAUCCGUAUUCGUAUACCUACCACCUAACGUACCUAGGUAGGUAGGUAUUAAUCUGAUCUAGGUACGAAUAAAGGUUGUGCUGAGCUGAACAGACAAUGUGAUUUAGGCUACAAAUCAUUCAGACUCAACACCUUCCUGAUCUGGACUGCUGCCUGAGAGCCACCCAGCCUUUUUAAAACCAGUUGAUCGCUUUCUUACUUCAUCCUUCUCACGCACUUCACCUCACCUCUUGAUGUUUUUUUCAACCUCCACGAAACAUCUCUCCGGCUUGGCACGGGCUGUUAGUGUCAUGCUAAGGAGGGGCCCCAGUUCCCGCGGUUUGCCGCCGCGCGCUGGGGCAGAUUAGCUAUACGCUAAUCAAACCCUUAACAACGCACAUUUUCCCCUCGAUUCGAGCCGACGAUUAUUCAACCUAACGAGCCGCCGCCGACUUGACAUCGCCUUCCGCAGGCUAGAUGAAGUCUUCCUGGUAGGGCAGGAAGCAGAGGUUCCAUCUAGCCUCCCGAAGGAGCCGGGCGAACUUCAUUCCCGGCGCAAGCGGCACUUCCGGGCCCAAAUUGAACACCACCGAUCGACUUUUCGACUUCGCUCCCUCAACACCUUUUCCCCUCAAACGAUCGAAGACCCCCUCGAAAAGACAAACAGACACUAGGGUUGCUGUGUAUAGCCACGGUAAUACACGGCUGUGCUUGUUACAGAGCCUAACAGCAAACCCUACAACCUAUCCUCACGAGGUUUCGCCCCUUGUGGUUUCCCUCGUGGCGGUAUAACCUAUCACGAUAUGCUUCGGACGGCUACUGGGACGUUGUGUAAACCAGCAGCCUGCGGGCUCUGGGUCGAAGGAGAGGAAAUACCGGCGGAAUCGCGGUUUAGGGACGACCAGAGCACUGUCUCGGGCAAGCCAGCGGCACCCAGAGACAGCUCGAACACAUAGUUGCCUCUAGGCACGACUUGGAGGACGAUUUGGACUGUAUCUAGUGGUAGUUAUAGGCCUACGGCUCUCCACGCCACAUACCCUUCGGGAGGUCUGCCGCAAGGGCGGUUGCGCUCUUGCCGCCAUGGCGUAAAAUACAACAACAACAACAACAACAACCUCUUGAUGUUUCCUCUGUUCCACACACUACAGCUGUCCAACGACCAACGCAAUGUUCCCUCUCCUCCGACUUCCAGUCACAAUCAUACAAGAUGUUGUCGAGCUUCUCUGCCCUCAUUGUCACCCGAGCGCUCCAACCCGGCCAGAGGAGUCCUGGGGCCGCUUUUGCAAUAACGCAUGUUCCGUCGGCUCACUUGACCUCGAGAGGCGCACUGCGUUGGCGCAUCUCUGCAAGACUAACAAGUUGCUCAACGCCAUUGCGACGCCACUCUUGUACCAUUUCCCGCGGUACAACAGACAUAAUCUCUUUCCUUUUAUACGAACAAUGUUCCAAGGCCGACUGGAGCUUGCCCAAUAUGUCAAGUGUUUUCACAUUGGGGAGGAAGUGUUCUACAUUGAAGACUUUUCCGCUGAGGAAACCCAACUCUGCCGGGAUUUUGGAGUCCAGAUUGGCUUGCCCAUCACACAAACAGAGCCCGAUUCGACUACCCUAUUCUCGAGUCUCAUCCUGAGCAAGUGCACCGGUGUCGAAGAGCUCUGCAUGCUCUCCCCUUACGGCGAUCGCGACGACGUGCUCUUCCCUGACAUCGAUACACUCCCGAACGUAAAGAGUGUGCUUAUCUCGCAUCACGACACGGAGUUCGGCUUCAAUUUGCAAGAUCUGAACAACGUGUUCUCUGCAACGCCGAACGUGACGUCUCUGAGCGUUUUCGCCAUGGACGGCGCCGGGCUCGCUCUGAACCUAGCGAACCUCCGACGGCUCAGGGUCAUGCAAAGUAGGUUGGAAGCAGAAGACUUUGCGUUGUUAAUGGGGCAGUGUCCCGGACUGGAAUGGAUGAGCUACCAACUAGGUGACGUGAUGGUCUCGUACGAGGAGCCGGCCUCGCCUCGCGAAAUGCAGGACUCCAUCGUCAACCACACGCCUCGGCUGAGAUACCUCGAACUUAGCAUGCUGGAUAGAUCCGAAUAUCUCCAACACGACGAUUAUGACGAGACUCAAAUGCUCCAGACCUUGAAAGAACUGGGGCAGCUGGAAGUGCUCAAGCUUGACUUGGAGUAUCUCAUCGCCUCGCUGGACGACAUCCUACGACCCACUGCGCUGGUAGAAUUGCUCCCGACUUCGAUUCGCGAGGUUGAGAUCACGACCAUAGAAAGGAAGGAUCGGGAAGGGCUUUUGGAGGCGCUAGGAGAGGUGGCGAGAAGCUGCAAAACUGAUUUCCCACGACUGGAAUCAGUCAAAUGCGGCGCAAGUACGCUGGAUGAGGAUCAGAGACAGAAGGCAAUGGAUCACUUUGCGCCAUCAGGGGUCAGGUUCUCAAUGUUACCUCCCGGACCAUGGGAUUGAUUGACCGACAUGGUUGUGUUUUUCAGCUUUACGGGGCACGUUU